AUACCGAAAUAUGCUCAUUGCUCACUUUGUAAAAUGAUUUUACAAACUUAAUAAUAAAGAAUACACAUGAAUACUUAUAUGGAUUCUUUUCAAUUUGAAUAUUGCUUCGGUUUUCACUCUAUAAAACGAUACGACUUAUUUCCAAUUCAAAUAUUCAACAAAUUUACAAUGCGCAACCGUUAAAGAGCCAACUCGUUAAUUUUGUCAGUUUUUUACUUUUCUAUUAUACGAUCCGACUUAUUUUCAAUCCUAUUAUUAAACAAAUUUACAAAUCCACCGAAAAAGCGUUUUAGGUAUUAUAGAAACAUCGCAGAAAUAUUGCUAUUUUGAAUAAAUCUUGUGGAAUACUAACACACCGUGGAUGAGAGCAGAGAAUCCCGUAUUGAUGCAAAAUUCUUGCCCCUACUCCGACUUUCGCACACAUGAAAUCUUUGAAUUCAAUACUAUAUAGUUCAGAAUAUUGCUCCAGUUUAUGCGUCAACUUCAAUAACGAUUUCAAACUAAAAUAUAGUAAAUUUAACUGAUAAGCGUUUAAUACAUUUUCACCUAAUACGUUUAAGAACAAAAUUUAGAAAACUGUGUAAUUUGAUGCGAAAAUUAUUGCACUAAGUUCCGCACUAGUUUUUAAGUCUUCAGAAAAAUGACGGAAUUAGUCACAAUAGCACACUUGAACACAAAUAUCACAGACCGAAUUAGACCAUUCAGCAAAAAUGGAGCAAUUGCUGCUGCUAUAUUCAUUUUACCAAUGCAUUGUUUGGUAUUUUUGCAAACGUUGUUACCAUUAUCGUCAUCGUAAGAUCGAAUAAACUCUCCAAAUCGGGUAUUUAAUUUCAUGAUCGUCAGUCUCUGCGUUUCUGAUUUAUUCUCUGCAAUCAUCAGCCCUUUGUCUCUUCAUCGACGUACAUUGGGAUAUGACGACUGGAUGAUGCCGGAAUUUUUUUGCAAGGUAUUUUGGUCUUUUGAUAAUUGGACAUCGAUCGUAACAUCAUUCCAUAUUUUGCUGUUCUCUGGCGUAAGGAUGUUUUCCAUAAGCGCUCCAACAUAUUAUCAAAGAAUGACUCUUUACCACGUGAAAAUCAUGGUCUGUAUUACAUGGUUUAUAGCUUUCGGAUCUGGAUUCAUUCCAUAUUGGUUAUGGUUUGGACUCAAAGAUGAGGAUCGAGCCGAAGGAAUAGGUUCAAACUGGCCUGACUGUACGUUGAAAUACCAAUGGCUGCAAAGUUUCAAGCUGUAUACCAAAGUAGCUUACGGUAUAUUUUUCUACAUGCCCAUGAUUGUUGUUUCAAUUAUAUCUCCGAUAAUAGCCAAACUUAUUUUGAAGAAAAGAAAAGAAAGGAUCCAGAGGAAAAACAAUGAAGUUUCAGCAGCAACUGGACAAAAUACUUUGAGUGAUUUUGAACGAAAACAUCAGCGAAGAGAAAAUAGUGCUAUUUUACAACUCUUCGUAAUUGUUGGAUCUUUUAUGCUGGGAUACGUGCCGAGUUCGGCAUAUUUUUUGUACUCUCUGGCUGUGCCUCAGACCACAUUAGCGGAAGAAAUUACUCACUGGAACUUUGGAAUGAUAUCCUACAUUCUUCUCCGAGUGUCGGAAUGUGUCAACCCAAUAUUCUACAAUAUUGCAUCAAGCAAAAUGCGGAAAGAAACAAUACUAUUCUUCAAAAGUAUACUACUAAAAUGUUGUCCGUCCCGAUACUCCGAAACCAUCGUGAGUGAGGUUCCGACCAGCGCAACAGGUCAUACAUCACGGGAUGGUAACCAGAAAAUUGAUCUUUAGAUUGCUCAUGGUGGAGUUUGUUCUUAUCUUUCAGUAAUAAAUCAGAGUUAUUUACGUGUUGUACAACAGGUCGAAUUUCGGAAUAGGUCCAACUCGACAAAUAAUUUAUGAGAUAACAUCUGAGAAUAUAAUUUAUUUAUUGCAUUGUAUUUAAUUAGAUUUAUAAACAAAACCUGAUUUAAAAAUUCAUGUUCUCAACUGCCAGUGAAGCAGUAUUCGAUUUACAAAUCCGGCUGUGCCCAACAAUGAGUGGGAUAGUUAAAGUACGGUACUCCGGAAAAUAAACAGUUUGUUGUACUAACGUGUGAUUAGCUGUAUUUUACAUUUAUUCUAUAGAUGUGACAAUGUAUGGAAAAAUUUGACAAAAGGGAAGCAGAAUUCAAAAUAUUUUUGUUAUUGAUGUAAUAAACGAUUGCGCAAUUAUUGCUAUGCUCUUUUCAAUUCAUUAAUAAACUGACAGGUAUACUGUAAAUGUGCCUAUUACUAUAUAUAAAAUAUACUAUCA